AAAUAUACAAAGAUAAUGACAAAUAUAAGUAAAGUUAAGCGAAAAUAACUCGUUGGCACCUUAAACCCUACCAUUGCUGUAAACAGACUGCCAGAGUUGAAUUUUUGUUUUAUAACACACUUUAUAAUUGUUGCUGUUAUGUUCCCAAUACUUAUUUCGGUUAAUUUUUUAUUGCAUUACGUAACAAUCUCAUACAAAUCCACAAAUUUAAUCAAAACAUCAACCAAGAAAACUGUAAUAAAGUAAUAAAUAAAUAACCGACAGUGUUAAGUCAAUUCUGUGGUGCGUAUGCUCGGCGCCACACUGUCCACGGGAUGGAGAAGCGAAAUCCUUAGCGAGAAAAGUAACGAGACGGUAGUGAGAGCUUCGUUAUUUUGCAAAUUUGUCGCUCCCGAUGCCUUGUUGGAAGUCUUGAGUGUUGUUUUCCGGUGCCAAAAGUGCCUGUCAGUGUUUCCAUGAUGUAUGCAACCGAGUCAAAGAAAAGACGACCUCGCUUUUCCAAUGCGGAACUUGCCAUGUUAGUGAACGAGGUUUACCGGAACAAAGAGGUGUUGUUCUCGAAAAAGUGCAGCACUUACUCCAACGAACAGAAGAGCCGCGCCUGGCAGGCCGUCACCGACAGCAUCAACGGUGUGUGCUUGGUUGAACCCCGUACCCCCGAGGAGGUCAGGCGGAAGUGGUAUUACUAUCUCAGCGACAAGAAGAAAGAAACUGCCCGUCAGAAAGCCCAAAAGAAAACGUCAAACGCGUCCCCCAACAUUCUUUACUCGCCCACAGAUCUCAAGAUUUUGGAAAUUUUGGGCGAAAUUGACGGCGGAGAGGCCGAAGGUGACGACGAUAACGGUGUAGAAGGACUUAUUUGUGAGGUAGAUGCAGACGCCCUACCUCUGAGGUCACCGUCCUCGGUUAAUGGCGACAAUAUCAGCUCAGAUGAGCAGAAGUUUUUGAGUUCUGUGGCCGCUGAACUGAACAGAGACCAUACGGCAGCUGGAAUGGUUAAUGGCUUCGCAGGAUCAAUACACAUAGAAGCAGCUAAAAGAGACUGCGGGCCCCUGUAUGUGAACGACUGCUACUCCCCUUCCUACAGACAAGGCUACAACAGCAGGAGACGCCCGCGCGACCCCGACGAAGGGGACCUGGACAUUAACAGCCGCGAAUUCCUGCACCUGGAGAAGCGUCGCCUGAUGCUGCAGGAGUGCCAGCUGGAGGUCCUGCAGAACAUCCAGCGGCAGAUGCAUGAGGACGCCGAGAGGAACCGUAUGUUCCAGGAGGCCAUCUUGGACUUGCACCGGCAGAGACUCGAGCUGAAAAGGGAGUCACUGCGGCUUAAAAAGAAGCUGAAUUGAUGUCGUCACUUUGUCUGAAGUCAUCACGAUUCACUCAUUCUUCCUUGCGCAAGACAAGACGCGAUGGAUGGCCCCGUGUGGCAUCGGAGAUCGUCGGCUCUUCGACUCUGUGUUCAGGUUCUAGGACGUGACUUGCCUCUGCGCGUCGUCAUGUAAGAAGAAGAAGAUCCAGAUGUGAUAUUGGAGAGAAGUGCGUUUCUCGCUGGUUUCUUGUACGUGUCUGUUGUACCCUUUUUAUUUAUUUAUUUUUUUGGCUUCAUUUCUGAAAUGCACCACUUUCUGUACUGAGCACUUGGCAUGGUUUAGGCAUACAGGGAGUUUGAACUAACCUGUUUUAAGGUUUGUGGUUGUAUCUUCUCUUUUUAUUAUUUGCUUUUCCGAAAGUAAUAUAUCUUUCUAUUAUAUAUCCCGUUAGACUUCGUGUCUAUCACUGUAAUCUUAUGAAUUUGUAUUCUUGUCAUGUCUCCGGUAAUAACGAUUGAUUUAUCUCUCUUAUGUUUCAUGUCUCGGCAAAUAAUUAUAUUUCCUACUCAUUUUAUAUCGCCUUCACCUGAUACCCUACACUUGACUACUUGUAGCUAUCAACCCCCCCCCCCCACAUCCCACAUACACAUCCUAUAACACACAUCCUAUAAAUAGAAGGCCCCAUUCUCACAUACCCUAGAAACUUUACAUCCCCAUACACAGACCUCCACUUCCAUAGUUUGGACUGCCCAUACGUACAAGAUGUGCUACCCACUUCAUAUCCCAACAAACAGGUGAUCUCCUCACAACCAGACAGACAGACGUCGUUUCCCAUGAACAGAGAUUCAGUCUCCACUCGUAGGUCCUUCCUUCCUCAAUCAAAACAAUGAACUUGUAUAUUGAAAUUGAUUCAAAGUUGUAUAUUCUGCUUUAUAUAUAUAUAAUUAUAUACUUUACGUUUUAUGAGAGAAAGCAUUGAAAUAUCUUAAUCUCUAUUUUAAUAUAGAUUCUAUAAAAAUAUAUAAAUAUAUAAAUAUCAGGAAUAAAUGAAUAACGACUCGACCCAAUUCCUUCAGUGCUACGCCUGUUCCCAUCGACAACGGGUAUGUUAGCCAGUAUUCUGUCGCCAGGGGAACGGGUCGGCUUGUUUUCAAGAGUUGUGGAAAAUGAGGAAGAAUUUGACGUCAAUUCUUCAAAAAUGUCAUUUUCGCUCGAGUGAAAUUUAUCGCUUCCGCGUUGUCGGAAGGAGGAUGAAUAGAGGACAGGGUUAGACUGUCCCGCCGUUACUGCCAUAUUUGUGUCUAAUUGGUAGGUGGCCAUAAAAGAAAAAAAAGAAAGCAAAAUAAUUAAGGGUUACUAUAAGAAUUGAUUGCCCACGCCCAUUACCUACCUCUCACGAGCUUGUGUGAGAGAGGUCCCCGUUAAUCGCCAGGUACUGGAUGAUAGUUUCCUUGUUCUUCACUCUGGUGGGGUCAAAUACUGACUGAUGAUUUUUUUUUUUUUUUUCCCUGAACCUCAGUCAGAUGAGCCACGUGACGUCAUGCGUGAGAUUGUCCUAUUUUGGUGAGAAGCCGUCUAACCCUGUACUCUAUGAAUCCUGGUCGUAAGUAAAAUGAGAUUUGAUUGCGAGACAGCAUUUUCCACGACUCGGGAGUUUUGUGUUAUCGGUUUUCCUUCAUGUGAAUUCAGUUGAAACCUUUUCAGUCUAUGGUUAAGAAAAUGUCGAUCUUCUAUUCAUCUCCAUGACGGAAAAACACCGGUAUGUUGUUGUUGUAAUGGCUCAGUUAAAUGAGCGCAAAGAUAUCCUCUUAUAAUAUAUAGAUCCCCAGUUUCAUGGGGUGCCAAAAUAAAGAUUAUUAAUACUGCA